AUGACCAACAAUACAAAUUUCAUUGAUUUUCUUCAUGAUCACUAUUCAACUGGAAAUACUACAGAUGUAUCUCAAACAUUGGCUCGUCUUCAUCAACAUCUUGAACAACAGCGAAAAAUUAUUUUAAAUGAAAUAGCAACAGUAAAAAAAGAAGAAGAACAAUUAAAAUCAGUUGUACAUUCAGUUAAUGUUCAACAACAGUUUUCUGAUAAUCAAAAACCAGGCUCAUUAGCAUCAUUUGAUAUUGAACAAAUAAAUAGUUUACCUUUGGAUUUGUAA